AGUGUUGAUAGCCGGCGAAUUACAAACGAAAGAUAGCAAAAUAUCGUCCAAGUCUAACAUUUACCAAAAUUGUAUUUAUCUGCAUUUAAUCAUGGUUUCCCGAUUCGACCAACAAAAGACCAAGCACCAGCUCUUCCACGUGUCCCUCAGCCUUGCCACCAUCCUGAUCUGCAUGGCGUACAUGCAGUAUCGCCGGAAUUGGGCACAUCUCGGCAGCUUCUGGGAUUCUCUGGUCGUCCCUAUUGUUUUCCUCGGAGAGCUUCUAAAAGUUGUAUUGGCCCGCUUCUACGGGAAGGUUGAGGAUGGCGUCCUGACCGCUAAACAGCGCCAGAAAAAGAACUCGUACUUUACGCCGCGGGAACUCCUCGGAGGAUUCACCCUGCAGUUCCUGUGUACACUUCUCUACGCCUUUAUCUGCAUCAUUUUGGGAGCCCCGGUGCUGGGCAACUAUGAGCAGACCUUCGUCUUGGCCUUACUUAUGACGUUGUUGACGGUGUCACCCACAGUUUUUCUCCUCGGUGGCGGAGGAGCACUCCAAGUGUGCUUCUGCGAGAAACCGGACUUUGUUACCAAGUGCGAGGACACGGCUCUGAAUCUGUUCAAGUACAAUGCACUGGGAGGUAUUCUGGGAGCUUGGGCCGGGAGCGUGGUGGCUCCACUGGACUGGGGACGUGACUGGCAGGCAUAUCCCAUUCCCAACGUGAUCGGAGCACUGCUGGGAAGCGCUCUGGGCAAUAUAUACGCUUGUACGCAUGUCCUCUACGCCACAGCCCGAGUUUACAUGACCAAGAAACGCACUUAAAUCUAAUAAUAAACUUUUAAUUCUGCCACCAAGAUUAUUACGUUGCGCUGCCACUGAAACCCACUCAUCCACUAAGAACCACGUCAUCAUCUCGUCUAGUCAGCAGCUUAGGAACUACCGAAAAGCAAUUACCAAUUUAAAGUUACAUGUUUAAUCAUAUUACUAGCGUGUAUUAUUAAUGAAUUCUUUUUAAAUCAAUCAAUUAAUAAACUAACAAAAUUUAA